AUGGGUUCCCGGUUUCAAAAGUGUCGAUUGUGUUUGAAACUUGGCGAGUUUUGUUCUAUAUUCGACCAAGAUGACUCCAUAAAGUUAUCGGAUAUGGUUAUGUCUUUUACCAGUAUUCAGAUUUAUGAAGGUGAUGGUUUAUCAGAUCGCGUAUGCACUUCGUGUAUUGAGAAUUUAAGCACAGCGUACUUAUUUAAACAACAAUGUGAAAGAAUUGACAUGUUACUCAGAAAAUGUCCAGAUACCAGCUUAAAUGAAUCAUCUGUAAGUGACUACAAUGAUUUCUUUAACAAGGAGUUUCAUAUGCAUGAUGGUUGUGAUAGUACCAUCGAAGAAUAUGUCACUGCUGAGGGUGAUAAUGAUGAGAACUUUUUUAAAGACAAUAUGGAAGGAAACAGCUUUCAAGAGAUCAGUGAUGAGACUGAUAGUGAUGUUGAUUCUAUUAAGUGUGUAUGCUGUAAUGAGUCUUACAGCAAGUUAGGCACUCACACUUGCAGAACGACAUGUACCAUUGAACAGAAUCAAUUGCAACGGUCAAGUAGUAAUGAAACUCUUGUGGCAUCUGAUGUCAGGCCUCUAAUACCACCUGCUCAUUCCACACAGCCAUUGCAACCGAGGGCUACAAAACCACUGCCAGACAUUCCAGAAAAUGUUGAUAUCACUUGUGUGUUGUGUGAUGAAAAGUAUGAUCAGUAUGAUCAAUAUGUCAUACAUCUUAAUAGAUGCACAACAAAUGUUAAGCUACAUCACUUUGUUUGUUCUGCAUGCCAUGACAUGUUCACUGAGAAGUUGGCUUACUUAGAACAUGUCAAGCUACAACAUUUUAAGGUCACUACUAAGGAGAGAGUAGUACACUAUACAGCAGGCUUUAUAGAUUCUGGUGAGGAUUGUGUAGAUUUUGUUCCAACACUAGAGAAAAUAAGAAAACCAAAGGCGGUGCGACGACAAAUAGGUUGGUCUGUUGAGGAUAUUUACCAAGAAAUUGAGUGUAAAAAAAAGUUGGAAGAGGCAGAAACACCCACCACAAGUCCCUUAAAAAAUUUCUUUUCCAAGUUAGGGAAUGAAAGUUUAAGUAGACAGAGUACUCCUAAGAAGGUGAGUUUCCGAAAGUUGAUUGAGACUGGAAAAGAGAAGACAGCAAGUUACUUGCCAUUCCAGAAAUAUAUUCAAAACUACAAGUUGAAGAAGAAAGCGAAUGCUUACAGCCCAAUUAAGAGCAAGUUACAAGUAUCCACAAAAAUCAAGACAACAUUGCCGGAGUUGACCUCAGACAGUGACUAUCACUCUCCAAGUGGCACAUCAGAGGAAUCAUGGAGAUUGAAGCAGAAUUUAAUAUGUGCUUGUGACAAAAAAGUGUUCAUGCUCUCGGAGUCAUUAAAUAAUCGCGAUAGAAUAGCAGCAAUGAUCUCUGAGCUGGGUGGAGUUGUAGCCGAAAACACAAAAAUGGAAAUGUUGGCAACACAUUUUGUAGCAGUAUUGCCAAAUGAUACAUUUACUGGCAUGAUGGUAUGCGCUUUAGCUACCGGCAAGUGGUUAAUUCAUGUCAACUUUAUUUAUGACAGCUUUAGGUGCAAAAAGUUCCUUCAGGAGUAUCUCUACGAAUGGUUAAAGCACCCCAAAAUUCUUGAAAUAGACCACACAAGCGUAGAAGUAGCUAAGGCGGCGGUUUACUGGCAUCUUGAGUUAGAUGAACAUAGUGCUCAGUAUCCUUUCGAAGGGAAACAAAUAGUACUUAUCAUGAAGAAGAAGUACAGACAAUAUUAUCAGAUGAUAUUCAAGACUCUUAAAGCGAAACCCGUUACUUACGAUCCACGGACACCCGGCAGUUGCUGCACAGCUGAUUACUGUUUCGUUGACAUGAAAAUUAUUGAAAGAGUAAAGCUUCGCUUUUUCGCCCGCCACAAUGUCCCCGUAUUUCCGUACCAAUAUAUAUUGGUAUAUUUGCUCAAGAGGGGGCAGGUGGAGGAUGAACAUAAGUAUCUAUUACAAGACUGUAAGAAAUAUUCUAAAGACACAAUGUUUUUGUUAAACAACACAUACUAG